CAGAUUGAACCCUUGACUUCCACUGUCCAGGGAGUGACAAUGUUCAGGCACAGGACACCCAAAGGGAGUUAUGAGUGCACAGUGUCUGGGCUCCGCUGGCUGUGUGAGAGAGAUGUCGUUCUGAAGUAUCACUUCAGGACCUGGGAACCCUACAGUCAACUUCUGAAAGACAUGCAGUACACACAAGGUGGUCCAUUGCUGGACAUCACUAUGGAGUUAGGUGAACUGGAGGAAGUUCAUCUGCCACACUGUGUCUGUUUAGGGACCAACCGUUCCCUGAGGAAUGAGAUGAAGAUUCUUCAUGUAGAGGAACAUGGAGUGUCUUUAGAGGAAGUGCAUGAGGUCACCAGAUUCCAUGCUAAGAUUCUCCAUCCCAAGUUCUCAGCUAUCUCUCUGAUACUGAGAUUACUGUCUUGGAACGUAGAGGUCCAUUGUGACGUGGUCCUCUAUUUGGCAUUCGUUGCUGUAAAAGAGAAUCUCUUCUCAGUCAACUUACCUGAUGUGUACAGCAACGACUCUCAUCCAAUAUGUAAGUUUGUUUGUUGA